AUGAACGUGAAUUAUUACCUGCCGGUGAAGGAGAGCAGUCCUGAGUGCACCACUGUGCCUGAGCUGGGGAAGGGAGUGACCUGCCCGACAAUCUCCAUCCAUCGUUCCUACGGCGUGCAAAUCGGAAAGGGCAAUAUUUUCGGGCGAGUGGACGUGUUUCGGAGCAUGGGUGUGCGCCUGGACUCACUCACAGUCACGGGAGUUUCUUCCUUUGACAAGUCGCCUGGAGUGAUCCGAGUGGCCAUGUGUGGGUACGGGCCUGGCCUGCUGCAAGCCAACAUCGUCAUCUCCAACAACGAGGUGUAUGGCGUGAACACUCCGAUCGUCUUGCACAGGGGAGCAGUCGGCAUUACCGUAACCAACAACUACAUCCAUGAUUACAUUUUCGCCGGCAUUCGCUGCGGCGCGGACGUGCAUUACAGCGGCGACUGCAUGCUCACUCGCAUCAACUCCAACCUCGUGAUCUCCUCUGGGAGGAAUCUGAACGGGGACUAUGACUCGGCAGGGAUCUACUACUGCACGCACUGGUUCAACCCUGGGAACUCCGCGCUCUGCAACUAUAUUUUCAAUGGCGACCACUGCUACUAUCUGGAUUACUGCACGUCGGGCGUGCUUGUGCGGGGCGGAGCGUGCGUGAACACAUACGAUGGCAUGAAAGUGAAUAACGGCAAGAGGAACGUGAUAAGGCACAUCGCGAUGAAGGGCACGCAGGGGUCGCUGGGAUGGACGUCGUGCCUCACAGUGACCGUCAACAACUGCUUGAAGGACCCCGGGGAUUAUUGGGAGGCGAUGCGCGUGAAAUACUAUAACAGCGAUAGGAUCAACCGGGUGAGUGAGAGCAAUACAGCAGAGGUAGAACAGGGGUGCAUACAGCAUAUAGGCGAUGCGCGUGAAAUAUUACAACGGUGA